AUGAGCUCUCCAAUCGAGGCCCGGAAGAACACGAAGUCGUCGAUGAAGAUCGACAACGCGCCGACGCCGCACAACACUCCUGCGAGCGUGUUGGACACGAGUUAUAUGCGCAACGGGUUGCAGCGCGAAGUCCCGCAGACGAUCGUGGAGGAGACGACGACCGGUGCAGCUCCAGCAGAUGAGGAGGAGACUGUGUCUCGUUUGCAGCAGCCGCUUCUGUUGCAGUCUAUCCAGGAGAAACUGGGGACGCUUGUUGGACAGGACAGUGGGUACGUCGAUGCUCUGCCCACUGGGGUGAAGCGUCGUGUUGCUGCGUUGAAGUCUCUGCAGGCUGACCUGUUUGAGAUGGAGAGGGAGUUCCAAGUGGAGAUGUUUGAGUUGGAGAAGAAGUACCUUGCGAAGUACGCUCCAUUGUACCGUUCCCGUGGCGGGAUAGUCUCGGGCAAGGAAAGACCCACGGGGGAGCAAGUCGCUAAAGGUGCCGCUCUCGAGGAGAAACUUGCCGGCGUGGACACCGAGGGAGAGGGUGACGAUGGCGACGCCGAGGGAAUCCCAUCGUUCUGGUUGACCGCGCUAGAGAACUUGCCCGUGGUCAACGAGACGAUCACGGACAGAGAUGCCGCUGUUUUGGAGUAUCUAGAGGAUAUCCAACUGGAAUACUUGGAGGAUACGACCCCUGGGUUCCGCCUCGUGUUCUGUUUUUCCCCCAAGACUCCAUACUUCAAGGACACACAACUGGUCAAGACGUACUACUACCAACGCGAGUUGGGUUACUCCGGUGACUUCAUCUACGACCACGCGGAGGGCCAGCAGAUCCAGUGGACGGACAACCGAUCGAACGUGACCGUCGAGCUCGAGACGCGCAAGCAGCGCAACAAGAACACGAAGCAAGUGCGCACCAUCGAGAAACUGACCCCCGUGGAGUCCUUCUUCAACUUCUUCGACCCUCCAGCGACUGGCGAAGAAGAGGAAGAGGAAGAGGACGACGAGGAGGAACUGGAGGCGCGGCUCGCGCUGGACUACUCCAUCGGCGAGCAGAUCAAGGACAAGCUCGUUCCCCGUGCAGUGGACUGGUUCACGGGCACAGCCCUCGAGUUCGAGUUCGACGAGGGCGACGACUUGGAAGAGGGCGAGUUCGACGACGACGAAGACACCGAGGAGUCCGACGCAGAGGAGGCCGACGACUUUGCGUCUGCGCCAGAGCAGGCCCCGGAGUGCAAGCAGCAGUGA